AGUGACAAUUACAGGAUUUUAAUAAUGAGUGGAAGAGGCAAAACUGGAGGCAAAGCCAGAGCAAAGGCCAAGACCCGCUCAUCCAGGGCAGGACUGCAGUUUCCCGUCGGCCGUGUGCACAGGCUCCUCCGCAAAGGCAACUAUGCCGAGCGCGUUGGUGCUGGUGCUCCGGUUUAUUUGGCCGCUGUGCUCGAGUAUCUGACUGCUGAGAUCUUGGAGUUGGCUGGAAACGCCGCUCGGGACAACAAGAAGACCCGUAUCAUCCCCCGUCACCUGCAGCUGGCGGUGCGCAACGACGAGGAGCUGAACAAACUCCUGGGCGGAGUGACCAUCGCUCAGGGCGGUGUGCUGCCCAACAUCCAGGCUGUGCUGCUGCCCAAAAAGACCGAGAAGCCCGCCGUCACCAAAACCACCGGCAAAGGAGGAAAGAAGCGCAAGAGGUCCAGGAAGGAGAGCUAUGCUAUCUACGUCUACAAAGUGCUGAAGCAGGUUCAUCCUGAUACUGGUAUUUCUUCCAAGGCGAUGGGAAUCAUGAAUUCUUUCGUCAACGACAUCUUCGAGCGCAUCGCCGGUGAAUCGUCUCGUCUCGCUCACUACAACAAGCGCUCCACCAUCACAUCGAGAGAGAUCCAGACCGCCGUGCGUCUGUUGCUGCCCGGUGAGCUGGCCAAACACGCCGUGUCUGAGGGCACGAAGGCCGUGACCAAGUACACCAGCUCCAAGUGAGGUGUGAACUGACUUCAUUUACCACAACGGCUCUUUUAAGAGCCACCCAUGUUUUCAGUUAAAAGAGCUUUCAGUCUUUUAAUAUGUGUGGUAUUACACUGUUUUAUUAAAGGUGAGUUUCUUUGGAAUAUGGAGAGUUACUGUAACAAUACUUGCUUGUAUCACACUUUGGUAGUAACACAAAUCACUUCAAAAAUACUGUUAUAAAAGACACAGUGACGUUAAUUAUAUGCGCUUCAACAUCAUACAUGAAGCUUCAUGUUCAUCAUGGUUCUAUUAUGAUAAUAAUUACACUAUUAAAAAUAAGUGUUUUUCUCUGUUGCAUAUUAUUUACACUGUUGAAACGCUGCAUAUUUCAGAAUU